GAAAUCUGUUCUGUCCGCUGUCUGGUCGUUUGGACAGCGUGGGCAAUAAUUUUACGACCUCACAAUUCAGCAGAUUAGCAGCGGGCGCGAGACGUCAAACACCGCAUGCCGCUGGGUUCGCAGUGGGCUGCAACUUGGUAGGGUCAGAGCAGAAACUCAAUGCUGCUUGCUUGAGCAACAUGGUGACCAUUCGCCAGGCACUAGAGAGCGUCCUGGGUGCCACUUCGGCAGAUGUGGGUUGCAUCCUCUUGCACUUGGAAAAGGCAGGCUUCAGGAGCGAUGAGGCUGCAGAGGGCGUUUUCAAGCAUGUGAAAGCAGAAAACCUCCCACAACCUGCUGAAGCUGCGCCUCUUACUUUCAAGCAGAAACUGAUUCUUGAUGAGGCAGUCUCUUCUGCGACAGAGUCCAGCAACAAACCACAAAGGAAGGUCAGUAGGACGGGUCUGCGCUCUAGACCCAGUGCAACCAUGCCAGUCCAGGAGGUAGACGAGAGGAAGUUGUGGGACCAGCACGUUGCAAGCAGACCAGUCAGAGCGCAGUGCCUUACAUGGGAUGCGGAUGAUCCUGCGACCACAAGCUGGCUGCCACUGGCUGACGACAUUCUCGUGGAAGCCCGCUGGCUUCAUCUGAGGCUCUUCGAGGGCCUGAAUCGCGGCGACAUUCAGGGGAUCAUCGAAGGAACUGGCUACGAACCAGUCUGGCAUCCAGCCCUCCUCCGCUUUUUUCAGGCCGCUGCAGGAGGGCAGCCUGGUGUCAAGUAUGAGCGGGAGCUGGAGAGCCCCGGCGACUCCGCUCGAGAAGAUAUAAGGGGCUUGAUAAUGAGGCCAAGUGAAGGGCAGCCACCGCUAGCGCCUGGUGAAUGUAAGACUGACUUCAAGCCGUCCACCUCUGAUGCCAUCUUCCACAACGGCCAACAGGAUGGGAUUGCUAAGUUGUUCAAAGUGUGCUGGUCAAAGUACUGCGGGUACGGUCGCACGUUCAUCUGCGCCUUCGCCGUGCUCUUCAAGGCCAUCUGGAUCGUCAGACUUCGCUUCGUGGGCACCCCGGACAAAGACCUGCCGACACCGUCCGCAGAUUCGGAUGAGUCUGUGCUGCUCGGAUGUGACGUAGUCCCUCAUUUCCCAUCUUCCUUCGAAAUUGACCAAAGCGACCCCUGCCUUCUCUGCCCCGACACACUCACUCUCCUCAAAACAGAGCCGUCCAUCCACGACCUCUCAGAGCUUCUGCUAGAGAGUGGCUUUCGCAGGGGAAGCUUUCGUGCCACUCCUGGGUUUCACCUUCUCGUCCGGUCAGUUCUCGGGCAGUGCAAACUGUGGGGGCUGCAGGCGGUCGAAACGCUGGUGCUUAAGCUAGACACGGGAGCGAGCUGGGGGCUCAGGAAACCGGAGUGUGAGGUGGUGGCCAUGGGGGCUCGGUCACUUGUCCUGCGGCGGCAAGCAGCGGACAACUUUGUGAUCAAGGUCGGAGCAAAGGAGACGAUCGAGAUGGAGGCCAAGAUACACGACCGCGUGGACGGCAAGAGGUGCCCCCAUAUUCGGUCCUUGGAGCUAGAUGAGCACGGGUGGGGUAUGCGGGGCACAGUGCAUGGAGCAGGCGAUGGUCUCGCUUUCAUGUGCUUGGCGGAAUUCUGCACCGGAAGCCUGGAACCACACCACGUUGCAAGUCCUGUGCGCUUCCAAGAGUUCUUCACCCAGGCCCAACAGGCGCUGCACGUCCUUCAUGAGAACGGCAUUCUACAUCGAGAUCUGAAGGCGGACAACAUGCUCCUGACGUCCAAUGGGAAGCUCUUACUGAAUGAUUUCGACGUUUCCACGUUCAAGGACGAUAAGAGGGGCCUGAAGGCCUUAGUUGGCAAUGACUAUUGUCGAUCGCCUUUUUUUGAGCAGAACCACGUUUCAAACAAAACAGAUUACACAAUCCGGGAUGAUAGGAUGGGGCUUGUUUUGGCUUUCCUGCAGCUGCGGGGGAGAACCGGGAGUAGUUUCAAAGACAAGUAUGCGCUUCUAACGGCGGCUAAACGGGACAAAGACUGCCCGCCAGAAAUGCAGCAAUGGAUCAAGGAUGCAGGCUUGUAACUACUUCGAUGAGGAUGACUUUGGGUAACUUUGCAUGAAUUCACAGCAAAGGCCCGGUGAGUCAUCAGUCUUUCGCAGGGAGGAUAUUAGAAUAUCCUUCAAUCAUACAGGAAUAGAGGAUCUAGAGGACGAGGAUAAUACGCUUUCAAGACAUUCUGUCGGAUGAUUCUGGAGAUUUCAAGGCAGAAAAUUUUGUCACUUU